AUGACGGUUGAAAAACCUGUUACUGAACAAGAAAAGGCAAAAUCCUUAGUGUUAUUAAGGCAUCAUUUACAUGAAGGCCUUAAAACUGAAUACAUGAUGGUUGGAAAUCCCAAAGAAUUAUGGGAUUGCCUUAAUGAAAGAUUUGGACACCACAAAAGGGUGCUCCUUCCUAAGGCAUUAUUUGACUGGACAAAUUUACGGUUCCAGGAUUUCAAAUCCGUAAUUGAUUACAAUUCAACCAUGCAUGAGAUAGUAUCUAUAUUGAGAUAUUGUGAUCAUCCAGUCACCGAUGAACAGAUGAUUGAAAAAACACUCACUACCUUUCAUGCAAGCAACAUACUGUUGCAAGAACAAUAUCGCGAAAGAGGUUUUAAAAAGUUUAAUGAAUUAAUGAGUGUGUUGCUUGUUGCGGAACAAAAUAGUGAUCUUUUGUUGAAAAAUCAUAAUCUUAGACCAACUGGGUCUUUGGCCACUCAUCAUGAGGCAAAUGCAACAAGUUCUUAUCCACCCGAGGCAAAUGCUACACGAAGAGGUGGACGUGGAAAUUACAAUGGUCGUGGAAGAGGCCGUGGAAAUUAUCGCGGACGAGGCUGA